AUGAAGGUCUUUCCAUUCAUCUCCCUUGCCACGGUUGUUGCUGGCGCAAAUAUCCGAAACCACUUCGGAGACAACUGUAAGGGUGGCUAUCUCGACUACCCCAAUAUCGCCCAGAGAGUCUGCGCCAGCGCCCUCCAUGACAACAAUACCAAGGGUGCCGUCACUGUCGCCUUCUCUCAGUUGCCCCAGCGCUCGAAUAUGAACGGCUGGCAAAACACCCGUGAUGGGGGUAUCUGCGGUUCGCUCGAGAAACAACAGAAUGUGGGAAAUACCGACCACAAGUGCCUGCCCAAGCUGGCCGGUGGCGCCCAAUACGCUGGUAGCAGCUGGACCGCUCCUGGAUUCAGGGGAGCGAGCGAGGAGGAUGUGAGAUGCACCAGAGAGAUGGCACCUCACGCCCUUGUCCUGAACGACGGACACAAGUAUGCCCUCGGCGGUAUGGAGAAGGACAUGAUCAAUUCGCUCUAUGACUUGGCCGUGGCAGGAACCGGCUUCCAGGAAUUGCCAAGCGAGUUUGCGGCUUUCGAAAUCGAGAAGGAAAGUAUCCAGCAGCGUGCUCAAGAGAUCAAGGCCUAG